UUGCCUCACACGCUCAUCCAUUGUACUUAUAUCUCGCCGUGUUUGUACAUCCUGUCGGUCACGGAGACUUCCGCAGACGGACGGGCUUUUGUUGUGUAGUGACUGAAAGGGCGUGCGUUCAUGUACGAGCACAUCAAACCGCACUCGUCAGGGAAAAAAGGGAGUGUCUGCGAAUAAAACAACGCCAACCAUCCGCAAAGAUUCAUACAUCAAGUUUGCAUUCAGUCUUGCUCGCUGACGUCCUCCUCAGUACUCAGCAUGAGUGGCGCAGAAAAAGGAGAUGUCAGGACGUUUCUUGAGAGUUUUCUGCAAGAGUUUUCGAAACCGCUCGGGACAGAAGAUCCACUGCCAGUCAGUUCAGCGAACCGAAUCAUCUCUCUGCAGGAGCUGAAGGGAGAAAGUCUGGAUUUAGGCCUCCGACUGCUUUCAGCCAGAAAUGCUCCAUCAUGGCUGGCUGCAGUGAUGUGCAAUGUUGCUGUCACUGAACUGCUCAAAGAUGACCUUACACCUCACUACUGCCCCAAAGACCCCGAACAGCAACCAGAAGAUGAACAAGGAGUUGUUUUGCUGCAGUCUGAACCUGUGCUGCGUCUCUUCAUUAAUAAAUUGAGAGCGGUGGGUGUGGCCUGGCAGAAACAGCCGCCCAAUCCCGAUGCUCCCUCUUCGCGCACACACAGCUGCUCAGUUCACGCCAUUCGAAACACCCGCAGGAAGAUGGAGGAUCGCCACGUCAUCUUAAAAGAGUUUAACCAGCUUCUGGGACUGCAGGAUGGUGUGGGUAGAGAGUAUUAUGCUGUGUUUGAUGGGCAUGGAGGAGUAGACGCUGCCACUUACAGUGCCACUCAUCUGCAUAUAGUACUGAGCCAGCAGGGGGAGCUAAAAACAGACGCUGCCACAGCCUUUAAAAACACCUUCACACAAACAGAUGACAUGUUCAAGAUCAAAGCCAAGAGAGAGCGUCUGCGCAGCGGCAGCACUGGAGUGGCUGUUUUACUGACCUCUGACCUCCUUACCGUGUCCUGGCUGGGCGAUUCCCAAGCUCUGCUGGUCCGCCAGGGGGAACCAGUGACCCUAAUGGACCCCCACAAACCAGAGCGAGAGGAUGAGAAGAAAAGGAUUGAGGAUCUGGGUGGAUGCAUCGCUUUCAUGGGUUGUUGGCGGGUAAAUGGUACCUACGCCGUUUCCAGAGCAAUAGGUGACUUUGACCAGAAGCCGUACGUCUCUAAUGAAGCUGACAGCUCCUCUUUCCAUCUGACCGGGGAUGAAGAUUACGUCCUCCUGGCCUGUGACGGCUUCUUCGACGUGAUCCGGCCUGCAGAUGUCCCAGCUCUGGUACUGGAGGCUCUGCGGGAGAGCGGAGGUUCUGGAAACGAUGUGGCCCAGAGUCUAGUGGCCCAGGCCAAAACUGCCGGAUCCAGCGACAAUAUCACUGUCCUCCUGGUGUUCCUGAAGGAGCCGCAGAAACUUCUGGCUCACGACACCGUUUGCAGAACUGAGGGACGAGGAGCUGCAUGUGCGGCCGCAGGGGUCUAAACAAGGUUAAUGAGAAAAUAAUAUUCAUGAUAGAAGCAAAGCAGAGGACCAGUAAGUAGUAGAUGAUAGUCUUCUCAUCAUCUGAAAUGAAAUUUAAGAGAGUCGCUCCAUUCAAAAAGAAUAUGCAGUAUAAAAGCGAGUUCAGUCACGCAUUUAGAAGAACGUAAUGAAGCCAGCACAAGGCGUUUCCUCAAUUAUUUUUCCAGGAACGUCUGAUCCCUGGUCAUUUAUUAACCGUCUCUGUUGCUAAGUCUGAACUUGUUUUCAUAUUUCCCAGAUUAUAAUUACAUUUACUGAUACUUAAAGGGAUGGUUCAUCAGAAAAAAAGAAAAUUAGUAUUUGAUUUACCCCCUUAGGGCAUGCAUUUAGAUGAUUGAUUUUUUUUUUUUAUUCAGAAAAAGCUUUAUGGAUAAAGAUUUUUAGCUGAAGUCCUGACCCUUGGUGUUUUAUAAAAUAAAAGUCAAUGGUUACCCUUAGCUUCUGAUGAUACAUUGAGGUCAUAUCACGAUCAGUUUGUGUAAUAAUUACUAAAUAAUUGACUAUUGAUAAAUAACCUCCACAAACUGAGCAUAUUUACUACAGUCUUGAGCAAGAGCAAAUCUGUCCUAUGAUGAUACAUGUACAGUGCAUCUGGAAAGUAUCCAUAGGGCUUUUCUUUUUCCACA